AUGCCAUCUAAUUGCCCCGCAUCCUCUGCCAAGCGUGACAACGACGCGUUACUCAAUACAACCGAGCUAUUUCACCAACGCCUGCAGAAGAGCCCCAAGGAAGACUGGGAGCGCCUCAAGCUGUGCUGGGGCUACAUGGAUUGCGGUGAUUGCCAUAGGAGUCCGGGUCAUUGCGGAUGGUGCGCAAUCUCUUCAACAUGUCUUCCUCUUCCCUUGGAUGGGUUUUCCAGAGCUUUCCCUCUUCUCUCGCCCAUCCGCCACCAUUCCAUCUGCGCAAUGGGGUCUGAGCGGUUUGAACUGCGGACUGCGGGGCUGGGAUGCCAGGUCUCCACUAUCACCUUUUUGACGUCCCUCGUCACGAUUUUCUGUACGUUGUUUGGGGUGCUGGUGCUCUAUGGGGUUUCCAAGUGCGUUGGAUUGGUGGUUGUGGGGGCUAGGGCGAGGCGCGGGGGGCAUGUUUUGUUUGAGGAUGGGAGGGGUGGGGUGUGGGAGAGGGAGAGGGAGGGGUGGGGGAAGUGGUGGAGGAGGGUUAGAGGGGAGGAGAGGGAGGGGGAAGUUGAAGUGGUGGAUGAGGGGACGGGACGGAGGGGGUUUGUUUGGUGGAAUGAGAGGGGUACAGAGAGGAGGCCGUUGCUGCAAUGA